UAACGUGUUUAAAGCGUGCAGUACCUUCUCCGCAUGUCAGUAAGUGGAAGCAGGGGAAGAGAAGAAAGAGAUGGAGAUAUGGAAGUUGAGAGGUUUAAUCCACUUUUUCAUCACUGUCUUCUUGUCAAGCUUCGCUUUCUGCGUCGUCGCUCCGGCCAUUACCGAUGUCACCAUGUCUGCACUUUGUCCUGGACGAGACCAAUGCUCUCUUGCCAUUUAUCUCUCUGGAUUCCAACAAGCUAUAAUGGGACUGGGGUCAUUGGUGAUGAUGCCGGUACUAGGGAACCUGUCUGAUAAAUAUGGAAGAAAAGCUUUGCUCACAAUUCCUGUGACUUUACCCAUAAUUCCCCUAGCAAUAUUGGCAUAUAGCAGAGACACCCCAUAUUUCUAUGCUUACUUUGUGCUCAAGACUCUCACUGGUUUGGUUUCUGAAGGCGGCAUUAUCAGUCUCGGACAUGCUUAUAUGGCAGAUAAUAUAGGAGAGCAACGAAGGGCACCCGCGUUUGGAAUUCUAUCAGGUGUACUUUCAGCAGCCUUACUCAGUGGAACAUUAACUGCUCGUUUCCUCUCCACUGCCAAAACAUUUCAGGUUGCAACAAUUGCAUCAAUUAUUGGAGCAGGGUACAUGAGAAUUUUUCUCAAGGAAAGCGUAGCGGAUACUGCCGACGACGUCGAACGGCCAAUUCUGAAAGCUGACGAAGAUUCACCAAUCACAAAAUUGCCAAAACUUCAUAGUAUUCCAUCAGUGGGAGGUGUUCUUCGCUUGUUCCAGAGCAGCACCACAUUUGCGCAAGCAGCAGUGGUUGCAUUUUUCUGCAGUCUUGAUUUCGGUGGCUUACAAGCUUCAUUACUGUACUUUUUAAAGGCCCGUUUUCACUACAGUCAAACACAGUAUGCUGAUCUAAUGCUAAUUCUUGCCGUUUCAAUGAUCAUUUCCCAGCUGCUUCUGUUGCCGGCAAUGGCUUCUAUCAUUAGAGAGGAAAGGUUGCUUUCAAUUGGGCUCCUCAUGGGUUUCGUACAUGUUUUUGUUUACAGCAUAUCAUGGUCGGCUUGGGUUCCAUAUGCCUCUGCUACUUUUGGUAUUUUCAGUGCUUUCACGUUUCCAUGUCUUCGCAGCAUUGUAUCCAAACAAGUUUUGCCUAAUGCCCAGGGAAUGGCUCAAGGAUGCAUCUCCGGUGUAGAAUCAUUCGGCCAAAUCAUUUCUCCCUUAAUUUUCAGCCCUCUGACAGCCUGGUUCCUUUCUGAAGAUGCGCCGUUUGAUUACCCUGGUUUCAGUCUUCUCUGCGUAGGAUUCACAAUGAUGAUUGCCUUCAUUGUAAGUACUAUGAUAAGGCCACCUCCUCCUGCUUCAACUUAAUAACGAAACCACCAAUUGCAGUCACCCAUGGUUCCCAAUCCCUCCAAAAGUCUGGUUAGAGAAUUAAGGCGACUAUACAGGCUCUUUAUCAUAUUUAUAUAUGAGCAUAUACGUACAUGUACACAUUCACGAAUAGACUCUUCAGUUAAUGGGAACAUGUUACGAGAAUUGUGUCUAAAGCUUGCAUCAAUAUCGUAGUUCAAAUCAGGGAGCUAAUUAUUACUUCUUUAAACUUCUCUUGUAUAUAUAGAAUUGAUUGUAACAAUAUUUAUUGUCUUUCUUUAACUUCAAAUUAAUGAGGUGGGUAGAAUUAUUACCAA